AAUAAAAGUUCAAAUAAUACCGAGUAUCAAAAUUUCAUUCAGAGUUCGUGAAUUUCAAUUCUAAGAAUGGCGUCCAACUAUACUGAAUCUGUUGAGCAGCAAGCGGCUUCAACAAAGAUUCAAAUAUACCCAACUGCUAAUUCUGGAAUUUCUUCCUUCUGGAAAGAUAAAUAUGAAAAGGAUGCUAAAAAGUAUUGGGAUAUUUUCUAUAAGCGUCACCAAGACAAAUUCUUCAAGGAUCGACAUUACUUGGACAAAGAAUGGGGUCGCCAUUUUACUGGGCUUGGAGGAAAAGUUCUUCUAGAGGUUGGAUGCGGUGCUGGAAAUACCAUUUUCCCUCUUCGUGCUACUUACCCAGAUGUCUUUGUACAUGCAUGUGACUUCUCUCAGCGAGCUAUAACCUUAGUGAAGUCCCACAGAGAAUACUCAGAGACCUGCAUAAAUGCAUUUGUUUGCGAUCUGACGAGUGAUGACCUGAGCAAACAAAUACCUUCCUUAUCUGUGGAUAUUGUGACUAUGAUUUUUGUCUUGUCUGCAGUGUCGCCUGAGAAAAUGUCACUAGCACUGCAAAAUAUCAGAAAAGUUCUUAAGCCAAAUGGUAUCGUGCUUUUUCGUGAUUAUGCCACUGGUGAUCUUGCUCAGGAGAGGUUUACAUGCAAAGAUCAAAAAAUCAGUGAAAAUUUCUAUGUCAGAGGUGAUGGUACACGAGCUUUCUACUUUUCUGAGGAGUGCCUUAGACAGUUGUUUGAAGAAAAUGGAUUUGUUACUGAAGAGAUUGGAAUACAUUGCAAACAAGUAGAGAAUCGAUCUCGUGAAUUGGUUAUGAACCGUCGAUGGGUACAAAGUGUAUUCCGUGUCUCAAAAACAGAGAAUGGUCUGGACCUAAAUAACAGCGCUCUUAAUGGAGAAAGUAUUGAAAGUGAAGUCAAGGAAACUGUUGUUGAGGUGCCUCUCUCCGUAGAAUUUGACAUGUCAGAAGACGUGGCCGCACAGAUGUUUGGUAUUUCACCAUCUAAUGAUGAGGUUAUGGAUGUCAGUUUCGGGGAGUUGAAUUUCAAGAUUAAGGUACUCUCGAAAGAGAAUCAACACACAUGCAAAUCAACUGGGUUGAUGUUAUGGGAAUCUGCUCGUUUGAUGGCUUCUAUCCUUGCAGAAAAUCCAUCAAUAACUGCAGGAAAACGCGUUCUGGAACUAGGCUGUGGUUGUUCAGGCGUAUGCUCAAUGAUUGCCGCUCAAUCUGCUCAUCUUGUAGUUGCCACUGAUGGAGAUGAUUCUGCACUUGACUUGUUGACUCAAAAUGUCUCUGAAAAUCUCACACCAAAAAACCUAAGCAAAUUAUUGGUUAGAACACUAUACUGGGGUAACCAAGAACACAUCAAUGCAAUAAAGAAGGAGAAUGAACUAGGGUUUGAAGUGAUCAUAGGUACAGAUGUGACAUACAUUUCUGAAGCAAUUUUACCGUUGUUUGCAACCGCUGCAGAGCUUCUUUCAGAUCAUACCACCUCGGAAGAACUGUCAGAGCCGGCCCUAAUUCUCUGCCAUGUGUUGCGAAGAGUAGAUGAGCCGUCCAUACUUUCAGCAGCAUCGCAGUUUGGAUUUAGGCUUGUUGAUAGGUGGCCGAAUUCGCAAAGUAUUAUGAGUUCCUGGUUCUCCAAGAUUAACUCAAAGGAUGAGAUCCCGAGUACUGCAUUGAGCAUUCUGUAUUUCCAAAGAGUAAUCUUGGAUUCAUCAACAGAUUUGGUGAUCAAGGAUUAGUUUUUGAACAAACUCAACUAUUGAUUUAAUUCCCAAAUUUUGGAUUUUUGUAUCAUUUGUUACUUUGUACGGAGUAUUAUUUAUGAACCUGAUAUUCAUAGAAAAGCUGGAGAAAUAUUUCUAAUCAGUGCGGUUCUUCUUCA